CAACGACCCAUGCACGACCUCCCUAAGGUAGCCGACCUUCCUCAAGACUUCACCGCCACUGCGAUACGCAACUGGGAAUUUAUAUUAGAGGCAGAAGCACUGGCAAAAGCAAGCCACAGGCGCAACGAGCCCAAAUCCGGCGAUCGACUUGUUGCGACUCGAGUGGUCGGCUUUUUCCUGCUUGACCUUUGGACUCACCAACAACGGCCAUGCUACCUGACGGCUUAUUCGUCAUUCUACAAUGAAAUUACGUCGUGUCGCGCAGAAGCACAACUCGAACGUGCCUACGAGAAAUUGUGGGAGCUUGGUUUGCUCUAUCGUAACCAUCUCUUCCGAGUUUCGCCAACUGAAUCGGAACACCCUUCACGUUCCUCCUUCGAAAGGAUGCGACAAGACUUGAUGGCGGCAAUGCGAAACGCGCCAGUCACAAAUGUUGAUGCGCGAAAGCAGGCUCUCUUUCGUGACGGCUAUGCUUGUACACUCACUGGCAUAUUCAACUUGAGCUCGAUCCCGAAGAUUCAGUGGCUGGGCCCCCACAUCAUGGCAGUCGGAGGGCAGACCGGGUUGGUUCAAUGUGCCCACAUCUUCUCGGAAUCCGCUCAGGAAAGUACUCAAACACAAGACAAAACAAAUUAUGCUGCAAGUGCACUCGCAAUCCUGGAGAAGUUUGGUAUGAACUCUGAGAUGCUCCUUGGGACGAACGUGCAUCGAACGUUCAACACUAUAUCGAUGAGCGCAGCCCUGCAUGGGUUGUUUGAUACCUUGCACUUUUGGUUUGAAGAAGACGUGAACGCCGAGCCUAAUACAUAUAACGUCGUGACAAUGGACCCGUAUCCGAUCGCUUUCUUACCUGCCCGAGUCACAUUCACUGUCGAUCCUCAUGCAUUGGCCGAUUGCGCAACCCAAGGUAUCCCUGUCCCGUCACUUCCAUCUCCAACACUUCUGGCUAUCCACGCAGCGUGCUGUCGGGUAGCUCAUUUGUCUGGUGCCGCAGAACAAGCAGAUCAAAUUCUGCACGAUUUGGAAACUACACAGGUUCUUGCAGAAGAUGGAGGCUCUUCGCAUCUUUUAAUGUCUCGUUUGUUGCAAGUUGUUGCAUAG